AUGACAAGGGGUGAAACCCCGCCACGGCGGUCGCUGCCGUUGCAGCUGCUUGUCGGCACCGUUUGUCUGCUGCUUCAGGACCACGCGGCAAUGGCCACGAUACCAACGGUUGAUAAUAUCGUGAAAAUACUACAAUCGCCCGUCAUACAGCAAUUGAUUCUUCCACGGCCGCUGGUUGCUGCUGAUACGGACAUUCCCAUUGUGGCUGCCGACGACCCUUCAAAGCCGCAUCGCACGAUGAAAGAAAAACCUUCGAAGGACGUGAUGCAGACGAAAGAGAAAGCUCCGACCAAAUCCGACGCCGAGGUCCUCGACACGGCUCGGUUCCGUCGACCGUACCCGUUUGCAAGGACCCGUUCCCUGCCAGGCUGUCCCCUGUGCGAUGCAUCAGUGUACAGCUAUUGCGACGAGAAAGCCUACAACGAUGCGUGCUGCUGUGGUUCAUUGAACGGACCGUACGGGGGCGGUGGUGGCCCAGGCGGGUUCGGCGGUUUCGGUGGUAGCGGUGGUGGAUUCGGCGGUGGAUUCGGUGGCGGCUUCAAUGGAGCAGGAUUCGGCAGCGGGUGCGGCUAUUCUGGUUGCAGCCAGCUGUUUGCCAACUCGUGCUACGAACAUCAACUGAUUGUGACUUGCUGCUGCAAUUCGCCCUACUGA